AUGCUGCAUGUCAUCAUCGUCGGGGCCGGUAUAUCCGGACUGACUUGCGCUAUUACGCUGGCCAAAUACACGCACGUCCAAGUGACGGUUUUGGAACGAGCAGCUGUCAUGGACAAGGCCGGAAACGGUAUCCAAGUGCCGUGUAAUGCUGCCCACGCGAUGCGGUGUCUCGGCCUUUUGGAUAAACUUCUUGUCAAAACGAACGGACCGGCAACGGCGUUUCUGAACCUCAAGUACGACGAUGGCGAGAUACUUUUACAUAAAGAUCUGACUCGGUGCGAGGAGCUCUACGGUGCACCGUGGCUGUUGAUCCAUCGAGCGGACUACAUGACGGUGCUCCUCGACGAAGCCCGCAGAGUGGGAGUCCGGAUCCGGCUCGGCUGCGAUGUAGACAGCGUCGACUUGGACACGCCAUCUGUCAAGCUUCAAAACGGACAUGUCUACCAGGCUGAUGUCGUAGAAUCAACUCCACCAUCCGCUCCAUCAUGCACCCGUCGACACAGCCCGUCCCAACGGGCGAAUACGCCUACCGCGCGCUCUUCACCCGCUCGCAACUCUCCUCCCCAUCCUUCCGGCAUCUCCUCUCCCCCGCCGGCAUCUCCCGCUGCUGGAUGGGGCCCCUCGCCAAACGCCGUCUUCUAUCCGCUCCAGGAGGGCACCCUCUUCAACCUGGUCAUCGCCAUUGCCGACCCAAACUUCAACAACAACACCUGCGACGAGCAGGCCCUGCUUCCCUCUGUGCGAGCCUGGCUCUCCGGCUGGGACCCGACGCUGCUCGAGAUGCUCGACGCGGCAAGCCACCUCGUCCGCUUCCCGCUCUACCAAGUCGCCAAGCUGCCGUUCUGGUCCAAGGGCUGCGUCACGCUCACGGGGGACGCCGCCCACGCCAUGCCCCCUCACCUGGCGCAGGGCGCGGCAACAGGCGUCGAGGACGGCUUCAUCCUGGGCACUCUGCUCGGCCGGUUGUCCCGGCACGUGUCGGGGCCGACGCGGCGCGCGCAGCUACGGACCGUGCUGCGUGCCUACGAGACGCUGCAGCACGACAGGACGGCGCAGAUUGUUUCCGGGUCCCGAUUCACGGGGAUGCUGGACCACUUGCCGCAGGGCCCGGACCAGAGGGCCAGAGAUGCCGAGUUUGCCAUGUAUGACCCCGAGAAGACGGUGAGCGCCAUGCCGUGGAUCGACGCGCGCACCAAUAGGAAGUUGCUCGGGAGGAAGGUGGACGAGGUUGCCGAGGGCGAGGUUGCGCGGCUGCUUGCCGCGGGGGAAUUCGCUGACCAUGGAACGAAAUUAUAG